AGAGCGCAUUUGCUGAGUUUACAUCUAAACCUUUGAGAAGUGAUUCACAACAGCAACUGAUGAAUAUCUGUUAUUCCUAUGCGAACAGUAAAUGACAAACUUCCACUUGGUGUUUCUCGACGAUACAGUGCAGAUGAGACACGCACAACUCACCCAGUGCCUCGUCGCUUAUCUCAGGAGACAGAAAAGAAGCAUCUACACACACUAAAAAGUUUCAACUCGCUCCCAAAACACAUGCUACCUCAAACCAAUCCUGUGCUGGAGCGGAGAAAUAGACCUACUGAGGCUUUACCUAUAUUUUCCAAAAAGCUUUCAUCUGGAGGACAAAAUAGUAUCUUCAUUGAUGAAUCACAUCAGUCUGCUGCUAAAAAAGAUGCCCUUUUACAAAAGCCCAGUUCUUACCAUAAACAGAGAGAAUUUGCCUUAGCUUUUUCUAAGCAGCUUAAUGACCAUUUGAAGGUUGAGAGGGCUGUUACACAUUCAGGGAAAUCUCAGCAUCAGAAACCUCCAGGCUGUCCUGUGUCAGGGAGCUACAGUUCACCCGCUUCUCAGAACUCUCAGAGAGGACGUAAGAGCCCUAACAGUGUGGAUCAGCAAGGCCAACAGUCUGUUGAAAAGAUGGACAAUCUGCUCAAUGGGGACCACAACAUUUCUGUACUCAGCCCUGUUUCCUCGCGUGUGGGAGAACUCGAACCCCAGGCAUAUACACCAGGUAGCAAAUGUCUGUCCCUGAAGAGACGAAGGGAAUUCAGUGGAGAGAGAAGAAUGGAGUCCAAAAGAUUGUGUCAGGAGGAUGUUGAAGACAUGCCUAUUUCUAUCAGCAGCAGUUCUUCUUCUGGUUCAUCCGUUAUAAGCUCACCACCAAAGUAUAUCAGACGUGCCUUCUUAAAGAACAGUACCAACUCUGUUCUUACUAUAAAGGAAAAACCCUCUCCAACACAGAACAGCCAUAGUGAACAGACAAAGACUUCAAAUAUUAUAUGCAAAGAGCUCUUUAAAGAUCCAAGCAGAGAGCCAAAGUCAGAAAGUCAAAGACUUAAAACAGAAGCACCGUCUGCUAAAGUCCUCGGAACCAGUCAGGUGAAAGAGGAGAUGGGAAAGUUUAGUGAAAGCGAAAGCCCUGGAGUUAGCACACACCUUCCUCACCCAUGCAGUUCACCUUACAACAACAACAGUUACAGUGAUGGAGGUUCAACUACCUCUUCACACUUCAGUUCUUCGCCGGGCUUUAUGGACACGUCUUCUCCGAAACCCUUCAAACAUACCCAACUCGGCUCUCCAGGGUCAAAGAAAAGUGAAGGACAGACCAAAAAACAUGAUCCAAUGCCAACUCCAAAGGCCAGGCAUGAUGAUGAGAAAAAGAAAUGCCUAGUGUGGAAGGAUCCUUUUGAUCUGGAUGAGGAUGUGGAUGAUUGUGCUCUGAGUUUGAGCAGUAGUACUAGCACUGAAGAGGAGCAGCUGCUGUCUUUGAAGGAGAUUCUGGAGCGUAGCAGCCGUGUGCCUGACACUCCAGACAAGAUGGCAUUCUCAGAGCCCAGCACUCCGCUUACCAAAGUUUCUCCAGAGGACCUAAAAACUAAAGCUGUAACUUACAAGAACACCCUGGACCAAAUGCUGAAGGAGAAAGAGCAGAAUCAAAAGUCUAAAGAACUUGAAAUGCAGUUGCUUCAGACUUGUAAAGAAGACCUGUUAAAAUUGGAUGAAGAAAAUGAAAGUGCAGAAGACUUGCUUUCUCAUGAACAAAGGGAAUUCCUACAAAAAUUCUCAGUUACGUCAUGUGCUAUCAGAGACAUCCACCCUGGAGAGGAAAUGUUUAUGCUGACCAACUUCGGUCGCCUUUUUAACCAUGAGAGUCUGGACCUGAGAAAGCUAGGUGUGAUCCCUAACAACAUAGCCCAGCAGACCCUGCUUCAAGCGCGCUCAGAUCAGCUUCUAUUACUGCUUAGUGCAGGUUUGUUUAGGAGAGCCUACUUGUCUUCCCCCUGCCAGCGUCAGGUUACACACUGGCUUUUUCAGAUGAUGUCAGUCCAUCCAAACCCCGUCAUCUCAGCACAGAUUCUGCUGUCCAUGACCACUAUUGCCUUAUCUGCUGCUCAGCAAAUAGUGGAGAAACACAGUAAAAAGUUUGAAGUGUGGGUGCCCAGUAUAAAGGAUGUUGCACUAGUCUUCCUCAACAUGGGGGUAUCAUUUGUCAAUCUGUUUCCUUAUGAGGCUCUGCAACCCCCUUUUACAGAAGGAGAUCUGCUAGAGAGUUCAGAAAUCCAACCUGAUGAUGCUAGAGGUGAAAAGGAAGGAGUCUCAUUUCCCGAGCACAACUUUGAGAACGUUGUAAAGUACCUAGCGCUGUGCGCUGCCUUGUGUCCAAGGGCAUACACUGAUGAGGAGCUGCUGUUACUCCUGACUGUGAUAUGUAGAGUAAGUCUGGAGACGCGUUUACAGCUGAUGCCCACAGGAGACCUCACCCGCCUGCUGCAUCACAUUCUCAACAAUCUGUCAGACUGGGAAACUCAGUUGCCUGAGGUUUGCCAGGCCAUUACUGAUCUGAGUGAAGAUCAUCACAAUCUCAGGUGGCUGGUGCUACUUCUACCUCACAGUGGCAAGGGAAAGCAGUUGAGGAGACAUCUGAGUGUGGCAAUCAUCUCUAAGUUAUUAAAUCAAAGAUGCACUUACAAACCCUCGUGUUUGGAAUUCCAGCUGUCGGAUCUAAGAAUUUAUCUACCACGAAUGCGACCUUCCUUACUGCUGAAGAACUUCAUGACUGUAAAGACAACAGACCCACAGGAUGCUGAGGACUGUGCCACCACUCCAGAUCAGCAGGCCUAUUACCUCUGCUAUAGCCUUUUGGCGUUGACAAAUGAAGCCUCCAAUUUUGAGUUUUUACCCUCAAAGCAAAGAAAUGAACUGCGGUUGCUCUCUGCUGAACUGGAGAAGCACAUUAAGUGUGACAUCAGAGAAAGUGAGAAAAUGCUUUAUAGAAGCAAGGUAAAGGAUUUCGUUGCGAGAAUAUACACCAAGUGGCAGGUACUUCUCCAACGAUCAAGACCCGAGGAGGGGAAGCUGUAUGAUUACUGGAAACCUCUUCCUGAAGAUGAAAUUCCCAUUGAAGAAGAGGGGCUUUCCACUGAAAGUCCAAAGCGUACAGCUACACAGGUGCACCAGAGUGAGAAUUUCAACGAUGUCCUGUCAGAGGAGGAGGAAGAAAGGAUGGAGGAGAAAGGUGAUGUAUCAGUGGGGAGUAAGGAAGAGCCAGAGGACAGGGCGAGAGACAAUCAAGAAAAGAAUGAAGGCUUACAGGAAACAUCGGAAAAUGAAGUUGAAAAUGAAGGUCCUGACAAGUAUGAAGGACAGCUAGAUGACCAGCUAGGAGAAAGUUCUAAAGAAGGUGAUGUUGAUAACGAGCUUGUUGAGAGAAAUGAGGAGCUUCUACCAGACAAUGAGCCUUUGGAUAGAAAUGUAGAUCUUGUGGGGGGAGAAAAUGAGUAUGAGACACUGGGGUUUUUAAGUGAGGAUACAGACAUUAUAGAGUAAAGGAGUUAUGGAAAUCUCAGAUAAACAGAAUUUAGAGUUAUUUAUCUUUGUCUGUACGUUUUAUAUAUGUUGUAUGGGCGUAUCCACACUACAUCUGUUUAUAUUUGGUCCUCCGUAUGUAACUGUUUUACUUUGGAUUUGUGCUUUUUUAUAGGACAGCGUAAUAGAAAUUAAUUAAAGUGUAAAAAAUUUUUUAAAUAACCUUAUAUACAUUGCAUAGUUGCCCUAUUACUUUUCAGAUUGACUGUUCCAGCUGUUUUUUUUUGUUGCCUGGAUUAAGACACUGGUUUAGUAAGAGAGCCCUUAGAUUUUUAUCAUCUGUCAAAAAAACUGAUCUUGCUGUUAAUUGCUGAAAGAUUGAUUGACAGACUGGAUGCACCAACACAGCGAUAUGUAAAACAAGUUUAAACUCCUAAAUUACCACUUUGUAUUUAAAUUGGUGCGAAUCAGCACAAAACUCUCUAUUUAACCUGCACAGCCUUUAUAAAAUAAUUAGAAUUUUUUGGAGGUUAAAAUAGCAUAUUCAGUUUUUACUUUUUAUAUUGUGUAUACAAGAUAACCAGUUGUUAAUGACUAAAUACGGGUUCUAAAUUAAAACAUUUAAAAUGAUUAUAAUAGUAAUGAAUAUUACUAUUUUAAGUUCUUAUUAGUGUGUAGAUAGCGGUGUGUAUGUUUUUCUAAUUGAUUGUAUGUUCUUGUGAACGUCGUCUUAUUUUCAAGCACCUUGACAUAAUAUGCAUGAAGGCCCUUUCUGCCUUAACCUUCACUCAGUCACUUUACUGCAGACUUCCCAUUCAACCUUGUCUUUUUGUCUUUUAAAAAAUAUGCAGAGCACAUAUCUCUUAUGAACAGGAUUUCUAUUCUUUGAGCUGCUGAUAUAUUAGUUCAUAUUUUCUUGAUGUUUUACAUUACUAUUUUUGCCAGGGUAUUCAUAGACAGCUGGGAUUCCUUUUUUAAAUGGUAAACUGGUGAGAUGGUUCUGUCUACAUCACCUUCAUUUCCAGAUAAUUUAGCGGUUCUCUUCAGAACUAGAGCAACAAAUGAUUGAUACUGCCAGUGUAAGAUCUAAAACAUUACAGUACAUUUGAAGCACUUUUUCUGGCACAUUAUUUUAAAGCACUGUGGCCAAAUACUUUUUGUUUACAUUUAUUCCAGGCCAAUAUGCAAUUAAAGUGGAGUAAAUUUGCUGGCUUAAUAUUUUAUUGAGGAAGCUCUGAUGUUGCAUUAACCUCCUAUGGCUGAGAGUCCAGGAGAGCAUAUAUGUUGAGGACUUACUCUCAGGGUGAAACAGAUGGUCCUUGAUCAGUUGAUCUAUUCAUUGGGUUUGGAUAAGCUGUGGUGUCUCAUAAAAAAUUUAUGUUACCUGUCCCCUUAUUAGGAUGGUAGCUGUUGUGUUAGAAAAUAAUUGAAAUGUUUUUAUUUGGUAAAACUAGCUAAAGUCAAAUGUAAUUUUUUAUAAUAAAUACAUUUUAUAUGAAGCCUUUGGUAUAUUAUUGUUUAUAUUUUUAUUGCUACAAAAAAACAACAUUAAUAGUAUAGUUCUUUUUUUAACGGCAUGGUGAUGCAGCUGGUAAAGUGAGUGCUGCAUAAUAACAUGGGUUAUAAGAACUCCGGGUCGAUUUCAACCUCUGGCCACUGCCUAUGAGGAGUUUGACAUCCAUGUGGAAUUCCUCUGCAUACUCCAGUUUUUCUCCCCCUCCCAAAAACAUGCUGAAGCUUCAUUGGCUACACUAAAUUACAUUUGGAUGGGAGUAAGUACGUAAAUUAAAGUGUGUGAGGCCUGUGAUGGAUUGGUGCCCUGUCCAGGGUGUUUUUUUGCCCAGCGCCUAAUAUUUCUGGGUGUCAUGAGACGAACUGCAACCCCAAGCAGGAAUAAGCUGUUAGUAAGAAUAAUUGAAGUUACAAUGGAUGUGAAAAGUCUACACACCCAUGUUACAAUGUCAGGUUUUUUGAGAUGUCAAAAAUGUGACCAAGAUGAUUCAUUUUCCACCUUUAAGUUUUUCCACUUUUAAUGAUGAUAGAUUUAUCCUGAGGAAAGAUUUUGAUGUGACCUUUAAUCUGUACAAUUCAAUUGAAAAACAAACUAAAAUCUUUUACAUUAUCUUACAAGAAUGUAUAAUAAUGACUUGGCAAACUUUGCCCACUUUGUUUGGACAAAUUGUUUUUGCUUGUAAUUUGUCAGACUGUGAGGGCAUCUCCUGUGCACAUCCUUCAGUUUACUUUUCAUCUUUAGGUCACCACAUAGAUUUUCAGUUAGAUUUAGGUCUGGACUCUGGCCUGGGCGAUUUCAAAUUUGAUCAUCUUCUGGUGGAGCCAUUCUGUUGCUGAUAUGAGUUAUGCUUUGGGUCAUUCACUGUUCCAUAUUUAGUGGCCCUGACCCUCUGUAGUGUGUUCCAUGGUAUAUGUAAUGCCCUGAAAUCUUUUUGUACUCUUGUGAGAGCCUUUGAUACUUUGUAAGCUUUUUGCAGAUCUUUUGCUGUAAGAUGCAACUAAGUAAUGUCAGGAAAAUCAAAACUAAACUUUAUAUGGGGUUAAUCAGAGUUCUUUUAAUUGAUGGCAGUUACUGACGACUAUUUAAUAUGAGUUUAAAUGUGAUUGGUUCAUUCUGAACACAACCACAUCCCUAAUUAUAAGAGGAUGUGCACACUUAUGCGACCCCAUUAUUUUAGUUUUUACUUUCUAAACCAUUUACCUAAACCAUUUGUUUUUAAAUUGAAUGGCACAGAUUAUAGGUCACAUGAAAGUAAAUAUUAAACAUUCUUGGUCUUUUUGGUCAGUUCAGCAGCUGAACAGUAUGUUAAUGAUUGUAAUUUCAUAUUCAAACUAGUCAGUAAUGAGCACACUGGAUUAUAAAUAUAAUAUCGAAAGAUGUAACUGUGUCACAUGUUUAAAUUUAUUUUUCUAUAUUUGUUUUUAUACUUAUGUUAAAUGUAUUGCACUGUAUAUGAUUGAAUGUACUUAUUAUAUUGCUUAUAAACUUCUAUAAUUCAAGGACCCAAAUGUUUAUAGAUGGCAACAGCACAAAAUGCCAUAUCGUUAAAAAGGUGAUCUGUAAAUUUUAAAUGAAAAAAAUAAAUGUUUGUAUUGAUUUGUA